AUGGGAGAAGAAAACAUCAGUCUAACAAUCAAAGAACAAAAAUUUCAAGAACUUCAAGAAAGACUCAAAAUGGAAUUGGAAUUAAAUAAGAAGAUUAAUGAAGAGAUUACCCAUAUUCAAGGAGAAAAACAGGAUAUCAUCAUUUCUUUUCAACGUAUGCAGCAGCUACUUCAGCAACAAAUUCAAGCUAAUACUGAAAUGGAGGCAGAAUUGAAGGUGCUAAAAUUAAUCGGGCAGACCCUUCAGAGAGAUAAUGAGCUGCAAAGGGAGAAGGUAAAAGAAAAUGAAGAAAAAUUCCUUAAUCUUCAAAAUGAGCAUGAGAAAGCACUGGGAACUUGGAAAAGACAUGUUGAAGAACUUACUGGAGAAAUUAAUGAAAUUAAAACUGAAUUAUCAUCACUUAAAGAAACUCAUAUUCAGUUACAAGAACAUUGCAAUAAAUUAUGCAAUCAGAAAAAGGUUGAAGAAGACAAGAAGUUUCAGGAUGUUCCAGAAGUAAAUAAUGAAAACAGUGAAAUGUCAACUGAAAAAUCAGAAAACCCUGACAUUCAAAAAUAUAAUUCUGAGCAAGAAAUAAGGGAAGGAAAUACUAAGAGUUUUUGUUUGGAUACUGAAGACAGAGAAAAAGAGGAAAAGAAAGAAGACCCACCUGUAGAAGAAAUCAUUAUAGAAGAUUUACAGCUUUUUGAGAAAAGCUUCAAGAAUGAAAUUGAUACUACUGUAUCUCAGGAUGAAAAUCAAAGUGAAAUCUCCCUAAGCAAAAUUCUCUGCAUAGAUAAAGUAAUUAGUCAAGAACAAACCUUGAAUGUUACUGACAUUAGAAAAUCAGUUACUACAGAAAUAAAAGACAACAUGUGCUUGGAAAAAGACAAUGGAUGUACAGUAUAUAAGUCACCAAAUAAUCCUUUUUUAGUGGUAGAUACAUCAGUAGAAACAGAAAAGAUACAAGAAAGAACUGAAGGAUUAAAGCUUCACCAUGCAGAUGUACAUCUGAAGCUUGAAAGUAACAGAACGUUAUUUAAUAGUAUUUUAAAUGAGAUGGCUCAUAGGAUAAAUCAUAAUAAAGAUGUUUCUGAAAAUGAACCAUUCAAACAACAGUUGAGAUCACUUCCAGGGAUUCAAGAAAAUGCUACAGAGAAGGAAAUUACAGAUAGUGACCAAACCAAAGCAGAUUUGGAUUCCUCUCAAGAUGUAAAAAAGAAUACUGUUCAGUGUCAGAAAUACUGUUUACAGAAUUCAAGUAAUGUUAUGUUAGAUGAUAAACAAUGUAAAAUAAAACAAAUACAACUGUUAGAUAAAAAAACUGAGUACAGCAUAUUACCUUUUAAACAAACUUCAGAUUUUCAGCAAAUCUAUAAUGAUAUUUUAGAAAAACCUGAACUUACUGUUCCCUGUGAUACAGUAAUCAAUCACCCGAUUUCAUCUGCUGCUUUCACUGAUAAUUUGAAAGUACUUAACAGUUCAGAUAAAAAUGUUAACAGUAUGUCUAUGUUGGUGAAACCCAAUUCAAGCCCUGUGCAAAGAACUAAGUGGGAAAAUAUGAAUGAUAUACAAAACAGUCAAUUUAAAAGCUGUUUUGGAUAUUUAGAAAACAGUAAUGUGACCAUUUCUCAUCUUCAGGUUAAUGAUGAGAAUAGUCAUGCUUCACAGGCCAAAGAUGUGGAAACUGCUAUUCACAUGAAAACUUCUACAGAAAUUCAGUUUUCCAGUAAACAGAGUCAGAUUGAUGAGGAUCAGAUAACUGAAACCACAAAAAAUGACCUCUUCCUCUUUGUGAAUGUUAAUGAAAGACAGCAUACUUUAUUAAAUAAUACAGAGAAAACAGAGCCAUUAAAUGACAUUGUUUCAGGAAAAAUGUACAGUGAAGGACAGCUGGAUGAAUCACAUUCAUUUCACAUAAAGCCAUCUGCAGACUUAGUAAACAGAAGUGGAAGGUCAGCCUUUGAUCUUUCAACUUCAGAUAAAAAAACUGAGAAAACUCCAGCAUGCAUGAAGUUUUCAGACCCCAGUACUUGGUCAAAAGUAAAUCAAAUUGAAAGUCAAACAGCAAGCACUUCAACUUCUAGCAUUUCCUUGUUGCUGAAGGAGAGACCAGUAGGUCCUUUAGAAAACAAAAACAUCAUUUCAGCGACUUUUUGUAAAAAUGUUGGUGUGGAUGAUGUCAGAAAUGAUAUUGGACCAGAUACUACCAGCAUUAACAGAGUUGCUGACACUUUGAAUAACCGGAGUAUCCAUCCAGAUCCCAAGGGAGAGUCCAGUGAAGAGAGGAAUGCAAUUGCGAAGACUUUUUGUGAUUCUUCUUUUCCCACAGAACAUGUGAAAACAGAGCCUCUGAAAUCAACUCUGCUCCAAGGCCAUUUUCAGAAAAUCAAGAUUAAAGAUACUACUGAUUUGGCUGCCUCUUCACCUGGUGAGGAUAAGUGGCAGAACCUCAUAACAAAUCAAAUACAUGAAAUUGAAAAGAUGCUAAGCUUAGAAAAUGAAAACCAGCCUAAAAAAAGAAAAGCAGAAGAGAUGUUAGGAAAACAAACAGAUUAAUGUUGAUAAAUGCUUUCAGUUGUGAAAUGAUGUAACUGAAACACUGAUGUAGUUUUUACUAGAAUGAAAUGACUUACAUCUUAAAGCUUUUCUAAAAGACCUCACUUUACCUACUUUUUCUGUGAUGAAAUAUUACUAUUAUGUAUUUGCUCUGCAGACGCAUCAUUUAAGAUAGCUAUCCUAAUAUUUGCAGU